AUGUCCAACGUAGGCAGAGAAGAAGCUUCACCUCUCUUGCCAUCCACAGCGGAGCCUUCACCUUCACGUGCCAACGAACAAGGAGGAGUUGGAUCGGCUGGGAAUCUAGACAUGGUGCUUACAAGGAGAGAUAAACUUGCUCAUGCGUCAAUCCUGAUCGGGUUAGCUUUGGUACUGGGCACAAGUUGGUAUCUGGUCUUUUCGGGUAACCUGAAGGAAAUGGGAUGGUUCGCCGUACAUCCACCAAUGCAAUCAUUAGCCAUCACAGCUUUCUUGCUUGGUAUCACUCCAUUACAGCCCCCACCUCCAAAUACCACCACGAAGAAAAACCGAUUCAAGACCCAUCAAUCGGUGAUGCUCGGAUUUGCAUUACCUUUACUUGCCAUUGGCAGUUCAGCAAUGAUCUAUAACAAGUAUUUGCACGGUGCUAAGCACUUCACCACAUGGCAUGGUAAAUUGGGAUUGAUAUCUGUUAUCUGGGUCGUGGCUCAGGCUAGUAUUGGCGCUGCCAGUGUAUGGGGUGGAGGUAAGGCAUUUGGAGGCGAAGAAAAGGCAAAGAGGGUUUACAAGUAUCAUAGACUAUCUGGAUACCUCCUCAUCACCCUUAUGCUGUUCACCAUCCACUUGGCGGGUAUACAUUCGGAUUGGGCCAAUGGUAGAGGUUAUACCAAUUUGAGGAUAUUGGCAUACUACGUUGGUUUACCCUUAAUUUGGUUGGGCAUCGAAUUACGAUCGAGGUGA